AUGGCCGAGGUAGCAAAGACUGUAGCUCGCCAAUUGCCCGGCUUCAAGCUGGGCCAGAAGCAGGUUUUCCUGCCAAACCAUGUAAUCACCUUUCUUCGAAAAGAUCACCUCCCACCAAACGAGGCCACUUUCCAAGUCCCUCUACGAUUCACAAAGUUCGAUCUCCGAGAUUACCUCUGGAACCUAUACAAUGUUGAGGUCACAAAGGUCCGAUCAUACGUCAAGCAGCAACCUCUAACCCAGCGCAACUCCCACUCGCGCUCGUGGUACCGCCCCAAACCCCUCAAGGUCAUGACUGUCGAAUUGGCAAAGCCCUUCCAAUGGCCCGAACUUCCCCAGGAUAAAACACCCUGGAGCAACCAAUUGUUCCAGAUGCGCGAGGAUAUGUUGGAGAAGCGAAAUCAGGAGCAUAUUUCGCAACAGCGAUUCGAGAUUCCUCUCAGGAGCAAGCAGCUCCCGUCCAAGGAGAGACAAGAGUUGGCCAAUAUGGCACAAAAGCUGUUAUCGGGAGAGGAGAAGUGGACUAACGAUGUUAUCUUGGAUCCUAAAUGGGAGAAGAUACUGAACAAGGAGGAAGUAGAGGUUAAGAAGGACGCAAAUGAAGCUUAA